AUGUCGACGUUGCAGGCGCUGCGCGACGAGUAUCCGGAUCGGAUCCCGCUGCACAUCCACGAUGACCAGGUCUUUGUUUGGCAUCCCUCCGAUGUCGAGAGGUUGAGACGCGACCAUGCCAUCUGCGGCCUCAUGACGGGUACCCUUCCCCUCAUUCCGCAGCAAAACGUCUUCCUCGGCCUGCCCCUCCAGCUCUGCCACGAGGAAGUCGCCUGGCUCCUUCGUCAUGGCGUCGGCAUGCUCAUCGUCGAUGCUCCGGCACAUCGGCGCGCGACGAGCCAGGAGAUCCAAGAGUACUGGUCGGCCUAUCGCUCCGAUGCUCGCCGGCAGCGAAGAGAGACAAAGAAGAGCAGGGAUGCCACCCGUCGUCUGUUCGAGGCCAAGCUGGGUCGAUCCGAGCCAGUCGACUCGCCCACUACCCCCAGCACCGCCGCCGAUGACCAGGAAGACCACGACGACGACGACGACGACGACGAGGCCGAGCUCGAAAAGAUACCCUACCAGCACCUGACGCUGGGCUCCUCUUCGGAUCUGCCGUGGUUUGCGCCCAGCCUCUCCCAGCCGGGCGCCACGGCCUUCCUCACCCUCUCGUCGGCAAGGCAGGCGGGCGUCUUUACCUUUCCGCGCACCGAGAUGGACGUGGCCACGCUGUGCGUCUUUGAGACGCUCCACUCGCAGGGCUUCUACCUCGGCGUCGGGCUGCGCUUCGGCGGCCAAUUUACCGUCUACCCCGGCGACCCACUUCGGUACCACGCCCACUACUCGGCCGCCGUCUCUGCGCGCCCGACGUCGUCGAUCAGCGGAUUGGAGAUGGUGGCGAGCGGACGACUGGGAACCGCGGUCAAGAAGAGCCACCUCAUCUGCAGCGUCGACUCGCCCCUCUCGCCAUCACCCGCAGCCGCAGCCGCAGCCGCAGCAGCAGCAGCAGCAGCAUCGACAGCAGCCGAGAGCGGUCCCGGCGCCGGGGAGGGCGACGAGGAGGCGCAGACAAAGGCCCGCAUCGACGAAGCGGUCAAAGCGGGUCGGUUUGACUCGACACGGCAGCCGUGGGGCAAGGUGGGCUUCUUUAGCCUGAGCUGGGCGGGUUUCGGCACCUAA